CACUUUGGCGGGUAUGCGAGAGAUAAAUACCUGACCGUACGAACGAACACUAUACACUCAACUCAACUGUACAAAAUAAUCACAACACCAAAGGGGAAAACACUCUCAAAUCUCACCUUUUUCAGAAAUCCCCUCUCUCUCAACCAGUGCACAGUUAAGGAAACCCCUUGGAGCAAGGGGGGAAUCAGACGUUGUAUACGGAAGUGGAUUUUGUGUGUUUCAUGGAGAAACAGUGAAGUCGGAUUUGAAUGGAGUUGUACGGGGAUCAGCAGCAGGUGCAAUGGGCUCAGGACUCGGGUUUGGAAGACUCUAUGCGGGGCUUGAAUUUAUGGGAGAGGCCACUGUACCCGGAGAGGCCGGGUCAACCCGACUGCGCCUACUAUGUGCGAACCGGGUCGUGUGGGUACGCCGCCAAGUGCCGUUACAAUCACCCUCGGGAUCGUAGCUGCUCGUUGGGAGUGGGAGAGUAUCCGGAGCGACUAGGGGAGCCUCCAUGCCAGUACUAUUUAAGGACAGGGACCUGUAAAUUUGGUAUGUCGUGCAAGUUUAACCACCCGAAAAAUGCUGGUGGCUCAUUGACUAGUGCACCUCUAAAUAGUUAUGGAUAUCCAUUGCGACCGGGAGAGCAAGAGUGCUCCUAUUAUUUGAAAACGGGGCAAUGCAAAUUCGGUAUAACCUGUAAAUUUGAUCAUCCGCAAUCGGAUGGAACAUCUGUUUCAGCAGCUGCACGUCCAUUUUAUCCGACGGUGCAGUCUCUUUCUUCUCCUACUCCUGAGCAAUAUGACAGCACAACAUCCAGCUACAGGGUUGCAAGGCCUUCUUUGUUGCCUGGUUCGUAUGUCUCUGGUGCUUAUGGUCCCAUGCUGCUCCCUGGAGUUGUUCCCAUUCCAAACUGGAACCCCCACUCAGGAUCAGUUAGCCCCGCACCAUCGCCGGGUGCUCAAGCCUCAGCUGGAGCAACUUCAAUGUAUGGACUGUCACAGCUAGGUUCUUCUACCCCUGCCUUUGUUGGAGCUUAUUCCCAUUUACCAUCAUCUGCUGGUCCUUCAGGCAGUAUCGUACAGGAGCAAAAGUUUCCCCAAAGACCUGGUCAGCCAGAUUGCAAGUACUACAUGAGAACCGGAGACUGUAAAUAUGGACCGUCUUGUAGGUAUAAUCAUGCACCAGAUUGGGCUGUUUCAAAGUCUAAUUGUGCUCUUAGUCCUUUGGGGCUGCCUCUUCGUCCGGGAGUGCAGACCUGCUCUUUUUUACAUGCAGAAAGGCCAGUGCAAGUUCGGGCGAACAUGCAAAUACGACCACCCCAUAGCAACUCUGAAAUACAGUCCGGCUUCAUCUUAUACUGAAAUGCCAGGGUGAACGCAUUGCAGGCUCUAGCGUUGAUCCUGGCAUAAACAGGGUGUGGCAUUCUGGAAACUCUUCCAGUGAUUCCGCAAACCUAAUGCUUUAGUAGUUUCUGAUUGACAAAAAAACGGCUUCUUGUUCGGGAGGUGGGAGUAUGAAUAUGAGCAGAAUAAAAGAUGGUGAAUUUAAGUGCAGUUUUCCAUGUGAUGUGUAUAUAUUUACAUGCCCUGUUACAUAUUACCAUCUAGGCUUGAGACAUUUGUAAGUGUCAUUCAACAUAUAUUGCUAGGUUGAUAACAUGUUGAUUGGAUUCAUGGAUAUUGUUAGUUUCUGUAUUUCACAUUGUAAGUUAAUGGAAGUGUUUGGCUUAACAAAUGUUUUUU